AUGUGCUCGGUCGUACUGCAGCUGUGGUCGCAGGCCUCAGCGCUCUCUCUCAGGCUGCUUCCGACUGCGCUGCGGAGGCGGCAGCACGUGAGCUCUCUGUCUCCGACGGCGACUGCGACCGCGGCGGGCGCGGGCAGUGCCUCUCGGGACCCGGGGUGGGUGGCGGCGCUGCAGAUGCUGCGAGACUCGCGCGAGAGGUACGUCAUCGUUGAUGCCAAGAACGGGCUGGGCAAUCGGCUGCGUGCGCUCGCGUCAGCCAUGGCGGUGGCGGCGACGCUCGACCGGCCGCUGCUCCUCGUGUGGGUGUCUGACCUGCACUGCAACUGCAGCUUCCGGCGGCUGUUUGCGCAGCCGCUGCCCUUCACGCUCCUCGAGGAGGAGAUCCCGCUCGCCAACCUGACCGACCCGCGCCACUUCCAGCGGUACAACUACAUGCGCCCCGAGCCGGGCGCCGUCAAGGACGCGCCCAUCAUCCCCGACCCGCGGAGGCACCUCUACUUCAAGUCUGCCUUUGUGAUGAACCACGCGCACGGCAAGUGGACGCACGCGCAGCAGCAGAUCCAGCGCCUCGUCGGGCUCCACAUCCGAAACGUCUUCGACGCGCCCCGCGACUCGAGGACUUUCUCCUCCACCACGGGCAACGAGGCGAUCGCCGCUGCAGAGAAGGAGUACGGCCGCAAGGGGACGUCCAAGCUGCUCGCGCGUUUCCCCAACCGCAUCCUCGUCACGCGCCGCGAGUGUGCGAGCGAGCGGUGCGACUUUCGCGACUGCGAGGGGACGCUGUACGCCCUCGUCGACAUGCUCAACCUCGCGCGCACCCGCCUCAUCCUCGGCUCGGGCUGGUUGCCGCCUACCUCGGCGGCUCGUGCGCUCGUCGGCGCCGAGCACGGCCGCUACAGCCCAAAGACGCCAUGCUGCAACCCGCUGGAGGGCGGCACCGACGGCGCGCGACACACGCCGACGUCGUUCCCAAUCCCGACCCUGUCGCUGCCGGCGAGGCGUUUCUGGGGAUGGAAGCCGGGGCGGAGGACGGCGACCCGGACAAUUUGA